UUAACUGUAAAAUUCCAUUCGUGCUGAAGUGAAGUUUGUGUUCUAUUUUUUCUCUCUUUCUCUUUCUCUCUCUUCUCUCCUUCUGUCGCAAUGUUCCUUAAACCUCUCCUUUUGUUGUCAGUAUCUUGUCUUAGUCUGUUUGUCUCCCUCGGCCUCUCUUCUCCUAUAAAUCACCUCUCCAUUUGUAAGGAGCUAGUCUUCACUGCUGCUGUAGAGCCUCUGGACUCUCCUCCUUCCCCGUCCCUACUGUAUGUCGCCUGGAGGGGCUACAGUAAAGAGAAGGAGAGCAAGAUAGAGCCGGACUCUCCUCAGCUGAGAGCUCUGCCGUGCAACUUGAGGCUGAGCUACAAUACUUCAGGCCAAAUGAUGGCAUUAACGAGGAAUGAGCCAAAAGAUGAGGAAAUGAGAAGAUCAUAUCCAGCUUAUCUCCUCCAUAACGAAACAUUGUUGUUCUUGUUAGUAGCUGAUCCACCAACAGCUUAUCAAGUUAUACAGUCACUACAAACUGGGAAUGUGUUGACCUACUAUUGUGGACACAAUAAUCUUGAGACAUCGUGUUACCAGCUCAAAGUUAAGGGAAAGACUCUAUCUCGCAAAAGGUCGUUAGAGGACAGUGGUAUUGGUCCAGAGAGCCACGCCCAUGCUCAAAGCAAGACGUGGGCACUGCCUGUGUUUGGUCUGAUGGUGGGAGUCGUGUUGUUGACAGUUUCAGUUUUUAUGUGUGUCAAGUCUUCAAGUCAAAAUGAGCAAUUGCUACAACCAAAUUCAACUGGUACAUUGCGUAUAUUGUCCGGACCCCCUCCCGAAUAUUUUGGUCCACCUCCGGUCCCAGUGACGUCCCGUCCUCAUUCCACUACCCUUUCAAACCCAGACUCCCUCUCAAGGGGAGGAGGAGGAGGGAAGCCAACCAGUCCCUCGGCUCUGUCUAAUGGAGACAAGGACAGAUCCUUCUCUUUACCAAGCUCUCCUGGGCACCAGUCUCCUCGUAGGAAACUGGCCACGCCUCUACCUGAUGUACCCAAGCAAGAAGUGAAGCCACAGGAAGGACUGGAACAGAAACCAGUCGAGAAAGAGCCUGAGAGAAAGGAGGAGGAGGAGGAGGAGGAGCAAGAGGAGGAUCCUUAUGAUUAUGCUAAGUUUGAUGAAAGCGUCAAUAGAGAAGGAAUAGACCCACCAUCAUCAGCUAAGCCUCCUCCUCCCCCUGGGGGCUAUGCUGUUGUCACCCGUCACUCUGAGGCACUGGCUAACGGAGGGACUACUAAUUAUACUGAGGUACGACAAGUAGGCGGGGCCUCAAGGACUCGCUCAUCCACUGACCCUCCCCCUCCUUCCUCUUCCUCUCAUGGUCCUGUCACUCGUACCUAUACUGAGGGCGGGGCUCAUCCUCCAUUGCCCCUCCCUCCUCGUAAUUUUCAAACUACAGACGAUGAUAAGGACGGGAUGUAUGAUAGCAUUGAGAACCUGAAGAAAACCUACGACUCUUUGGAUAACGAAGACGAUAAUGAAAUGUACGAGAGCGUCCCUGAAGAUAUCAAAGAAGAAAUACUGUCGUCUUCCGUUCCAACACGUGGUCCUCGUUACCUUGACAACGCCCCCUCCCCCUCGUCCCCCUCUCCAACUAAAGUACCUCGUAUCAUAGCAACAGGGCCCCCUGACUCACCAAAGGGGAAAGGAAAGAAGGGGAGGCAGAGACCUGAAAGUACCUCCGAAGAGGGAGAGAAAGGAGGACAUAAUAAACUCUCUUUCUUCAAUCGAAUGCGUUCAAGUUCAACUUCAGCUGCAGUGGGAGGAGCAGGAAAGAAAGAGACAAAGAGACAUGAUGGUACUCACUCCGACCACGCCCACCUGCCAGCACUGCCACUCCCACCAGAGCCGCAUCAACUGGAUGAUGAAGAUGAUGACGAUACUUACGAUUCUGUGAAACCCUCUCUAGUGGGUAACAACAAGUCAGCUACGCUACCUGUGAAAUCAGUCGGACUGUUCAGUUCACGUGUUAAUGAGCCACUACCGGAAGUACCCGAAGACUCCGGCUCUGGGUCUGCCUCUAUUGUCGUCCAGCGCGACAGGGUUCUUGAUAAAUCUGAUCCGAAUUACGAUACUGUGAGAAAGGAAGAGAGAGAGGAGGAGGAGGAAGGGGAGGAGCCUGAUUAUGAUACCGUCAAUCGAGGGGGCGGGUCUCAUAAUUACGCUAAAGUUACGUCACAUGGUGAGGGUGGGGCUCAGCCAGUCGGACACGAUGCUGAAGGAUACGCUAGAGUUGAUCCUCAAAUUAUAGAAAGAAAAAGAACGAAUUCACAGACAAAGAGAAAAGAGGAGAGAGAGGAGGAGGAGGUGGAGGAGGAGGAGGAGGAAGAUCCUUAUGAUAGAGUAAAGGAUCUUGGUAUCGAUGAUCCAGGGUACUCAUCCGUCAGAGAACUCAAAGAAGAAUUAGCUAACUCCGACAUGCCCAGUCAAUCGGAGGCUCCUCCCACAUCAUUAGAAGCCCCGCCCACACAAUCAGUCGAUGAAGACUCUCCUGUUCACGACCCUGAGCUAGCGUACGCUAUCAUUGAUCCAAGUGUUGUUCAAAGGAAGAGAGUCGCCUCCAUGGGGGCUAAGGAUAAUGGAAGUGUUUCCAUUAGUAAUGUGCCACGCGCAGAUUCAACGUCUCCAGCCCCGCCCCUUCCGCCUGUGGGUGACCUUGGGAUUGACCUCUCAGAGUUUGAGCCUCCUCCCAUUCCUGACCAGUCCUUGAAUGACGAGGACCUCUUGUCUCCUCCACCCGAGGACGAGGAAGAUCCUUAUUCUAAAGUGGGUGGGGCCACAAUAAAUGACAUGCCCCUUGAUAACGAGACCCUGGGAGAUAAGGAGACGGUUACCAUGGAGAUAAGGGAUUCUGUCCUUUCUUUAGGUUCGUCUGAAGGUGGUGUCCCAGUUUAUGAUAGUCUGGAGCCACAGGCACCUCUUUAUGACUCCCUUGAUCCCUUGCAGCAGCAACAACCCUCCCCCUCUCUCCCCCCUCCCCCCCUCUCUCUCUCCUCUCCCCCGUCAAAUGAACAACAACCUACCUAUGACUGUCUUUCACCAAAGGAAGACACUUGAACUUUAAAUAUUUAUAGGAUAUAUAAUGGACAAAAUUAUUAUUAUUAUUAUUAUUAUUAUUAUUAUU